UCAGCCAGCCCGAUGGCCCUCUGCUUGGCAGUCAUGGCCGGGAGCCUGGGCUGCUCCGACCCGGACCCCCGGCCGGAAGACCCCCCAGCCGACAUGCUGCCCGACGGCGGCCAUGCCUGGGACACCCCCUCGUCCACGUUCGUUGGCCUCUCCGGGCACUACCUGGACUCGCGCCUCGAGCGGGCUCUGGACAUGCUGAGCGAGGCGGCUCGGCUCUUCGACAUCGAGGGGUCCUACGCGGCGAGCGCACAGCUGGCCGAAGGGCCGCCGGGCCUGGCCGAGGCCGAUCCGGGCACCGGCCCCGGCGCCGCCCGGCCGCAGGCCGAGUGGUGGCUUGUCGAAAAGGCCCGACAGACGGUUCACUGUGCCCUCGGCCCGGCGCCGGCCGAGUGGGAUGUGUCGCUGGGCCGCUCUUCAACCCCCGGGCAUCGGCAUGACCGCAUGCUGGAUGUCUUCGCCCGGGCCUUUCUGGGCUUCUGCUUGAACCGCCUGGUGCUCCCUCUGUCCGGUGCCCAUCAGGCCGAGGACGCGGCCGCCCGGCGAAAGCGCCUACUGGAGCAGCGACUGGCCGGCCCGGCGGCGCGGACCGGUGCGCAACCCGGCGCCCCGGUCGCAGGGGCGAAAGGCGCCGCCUCGACCGCCAACGCCAAGGGCGCGGCGCCUCUCCCGCGCGCGGUGUGCUCAUGGACGCCUGCCGGCAGCACGGCCCCGGUCUCUUGGCUCGGGGCCGGGCCGCCCGAAACCGCCUUCGACUCGGACCAGGAAGCCUUCGCCUUCGAGUUUCUACGUGCUGCCGACCACAGCCGCCUUCUCCGGGCUGUGGAGACGCUGGUGUUGGAGCGGCUGCUAUCUGUCCUCCGGCAUUUGAGCGGCACCGGCCACGGGACGCCCUCCCUGGUGAAUGGCAUCUACCUGUGUGUCUUCCUCGGGAAGCUGCAUGCAUGCAUCGCCCAGCACCUGGCCGGCGGGGCAUCGGCCCCCGGGCGACUGGGCCCCCCCUCGCCGCCGGCCGGGGCUGUCGACCGUCGGCUACUUGACCUGGCCCGGGCGGCCCUCGGCCCGAGCUCCAACGAGUCGGACCCUCCGCCGAGUGACGACCCCCGCCGCUUGUUGCUCGGCCGGGCGGCUGGACCGCUCCGGGUGGAUGCCCUGCUCACUUGGGCGGUUGCCGGGCCAGGCGACAGCCCACGCUCAACCGACACCAUGGACGCCCUCGGGCGUUUGCUCAUCGUACUGCCCGUGUGCCUGGCCUAUGCGCGUGCCUGGCCGGGUCUUUUUGCCGAGCCUCCCGUGGGGAUGGCCUUGCGCAAUGCACAUACACUGCUCGGCCGGCUGCUGUGCCGGUCUCCCGGUCUCGGAAGCCGCGGGUCUCUCCCGCUGGCCGGGGCCGCCCUCCGCCUUGCGGCCAUGCUGCACGUUCAAACGAGUGCCACUCUCGUCGGCACGACGCCUGCGCCUGUUGCCACGCUCGACCGGCCCGCCGAUGGGCCGGCCGUCGAACUGACAUUGUCCCCCUGGGCGGCCGGCCUGCUGGCGGCGCUCGGGCCCGCGCCCGCCGUCAGCCGGCUAUUAGGCAUGCUCUUCGGCACGUCGCACGCCGCCACGGUAUGGAGCCGCGAUGCUCUGCGCGGGCCUGGCGGCCAUCCCAGCCCUGUGGAACACGUCGCCGCCAUGGUCGAACAAUCCUCCGCGACACCCGCAUCCCCGGCACCAGCGGGCACCAUGGCCGGCGUGGCCCGGCCACCAGCCUCCCUGACGGCCUCAUCGGCUGCCCCCGCCGCCACCACCGCCGCCACCACCGCCGCCGCCGCCGCCGCCGCCGCCGCGCCUCCCCGUAGGGUGGCCCCCAAGCGUCUGAAUCCCUCGCCCGCCACCGAGCCCGAGCCCCCCUCCACGAGCGAGCGGUCUCUGAUCCGGUGGUUCUCGCUGCAGCACAGCGGGCUGCGGUCCCUCGGCGAAGUGAUCGCCACGCGGUCGGCCCUGGCCGUCUUCUCGGCGCGCCUGGAAAUCGCCAUGAACAUGGAGAUUGCUCGAGCCUCGGCCCCUCGGCCACGGCCUCCAUCGGCCGAGGGGCCCCUGCCGCCGGACUUCGCCCAGGUGGUCCAAUCCAUGGCGGACUUUGUCGGGGCCGGCGCCACGUCGGGGCCCCUGUUCGAGCUCCGCUGCCCGGCCCCCUUCGCCGCCGGGGACAUGCUUCCGCACACCGGCGCACCGGGGCCCGACGGGGUCUUCCGCGAGCUGGAGCACCGCAUUGCGGCUGCCCUGCGGGCCUUGCUUCCGCCGGACACCCCUCCCCUGGUGGCACACUAUGCCUUGCUCUUUUCGGUGAGCUGCGGCCGGACGCGCUUGAGCGCGCUCUGCGCCCGGCUGGUGGUCCAAGGCACGGCCCUGGCCCGGGACGAGCCGUCUCGGCCGUCGGCCCCGGCUCCAGGCGACCCUGCCGAUGUCAGCCUCACCCUGGCGCUGGCCAGCAUCGGGGCCAAUGAGGAGGCCUGGCUGUCGGCCCAUGGUCGGCCAUCUGGCGCCGGGUCCGGCGCCAUGGCCCUGGGCCCCGGCGACGGCCGAGUCAGCAUCGCCACGGUGGCCAGCAUCCGGUCCUUCCACAAGCGCUGGCUCCGUCUGACGCAGGAUCCCCCGGCGGCUGGCGACCGGCAGCACAAGCGCCCGGCCCUCGAAGUGGCCGCCCGGCCAAUGCCGGCCGCCACCCCGUGCUCCGCCUGCCGAACGGCCCUUUGCCUGGGCCCGGAGUCCUCGCCGAGGGUUGCCCAUCGGCUGUGGCUGCGCGAGGGACCGGCCGCGGGCCCGCCCUCGGACGCCCUGCCGGCCCUGCUGCUGGCUGUCCGCGACGCGCUCCUCGGCUUCCAGGAUCUGGCCCCCAGCACGGAGCCCAACAUGCAGGCCCUCCUUCGGGAGCGCCUCCUGCUGCUGCGCUUGGCCCUGCAGGACGCCUGCGUUGUGGGGCCCGGCCCCUUGGCGCUGGGCCGGAUACUGCUUGACCCGACCAGCGACCCGGGCUCGGCACCGGCCGCCGAUCCCAUCAUGCUCCUGCGCGGUCGCCUGGCCGCGUGCGAGCGCCUGCGCCAAUCCAUUGACCUGCACUUCCAGAACAACCUCCCCCAGUCCGUGCUUGGGCCACUGCAGGAGACCAUCCAGUGCAUCGCAUCUGGCUGCCUGGUGACCUUCCUCCGAGAAGAUGUCCCCGCUUGACUUUGCCUCGCCAUCCGUGUGUCACCAGGGAAUAGACGACGCCGGGCCGGCGUGCGAAGGAGGAA